AUGCGCCCCUCUAUAAUAUCAAUCGUCACUUUUCUAGCAAGCAUCACAUUCGCAGCACCAAUCAACAAACGCGACUAUGCACCUUUUCCCCUCGCCAACGGUUUCCCAAACCCCAAUCAAGAAGCCAUCCUCCAGAUCCAAAAAGACGGCCACGGUACCCUUCCCAACGGCCCACCACCACCCACAAUCAGUCCGGAUGGCGUCAUAAACCUCAAACUCAUUGCGCUAAACGAGUUAUUUGAAGUGGCCUUCUUCACCGAACUAGUCGCGAACGUAACCGACAAAGUCGAAGGUUACGAUCUCGGAGACAGACAAGGCUACAUCAUAGAAUCUCUAAAAGCCAUUGUCGCGCAAGAAGAAAUGCACGUUCUGAACGCAAACGAGGCGUUGAAACACUUCAACCAAGUCCCUAUAGAACCCUGCAAAUACAACUUCCCCGUCACCGACUACGCUGGCGCCAUCGCUCUAGCAGCAACCUUCACCGAUCUCGUUCUCGGCACUCUGCAAGAUGUCAACGAACUCUUCGCUCGCUCGCAGGACUUUGGCCUCGUGCGCGCUGUAUCGUCCGUGAUAGGAAACGAGGGCUCACAAGAAGGUUUCUUCCGGGUUGAGCAAAAGAAGAGACCGAGCGCACAACCCUUCAUGACAACUGCGGCGCGGGAUUUUGCGUUUACGGCCAUCCAGGACUUUGUUGUAAAAGACAGUUGUCCGAAUAUCAAUGUCAUACCGCUCAAGACAUUCAAGCCUUUGACGAUUGAAACAAAGGAUAUCAAGGCUGAGACGCAGAAGAUCAAGUUUUCGUUUUCCAUGCAGGAUGUAGGCAUGUUUGAGAUUGACCAGCUCAAGCUCGUUUGGAUCAAUGGGCAGAAUGUGCCGGUUGUGAAGGGGUUUGAGAAUGUGCAGUUGAUGAACGAUAGGGUCAUGUUUGAGGCUGCGUUUCCGUUUGAUGAGUUUGUCAUGGAAGGGUUGACUAUUGCGGCCGUGACGAUGGGUGCAGAUACGUUUGCUGGUGCGGGUGAGGUCGCCGAAAGGACGGUGUUUGGGCCAGGAAUUAUUGAGCUGAACUAA